AUAUAUGUAUAAUAGUCGACGAGUAAAUUUCCCUGUGUUGUUCUGUUGUUGCCGAGUGAAAAUAAUGUAAGAAAAGAGUGCGAGUCGUGGUAAAACAUAUUUGAGAGAGCUUGAAAUUCAGGACAGAAAACAAAAAAGUGAACAUUAAAGCAGGACCAAUAAACGUGAGGGGGUAGGAAAGAAAAAACGAUAAAAAGAAAAGAAAAACGAGAAAGCAACUCUGCAUCGCGCGUUGGACUUAGGAAGGGGCAUCGUCAAAAUGUCGCUGAAACUAACGCAGAUGCAGUGAUAUAUUUGGUAUGAGGGUUCAAGAUUUUCAAACUUUACCCUCCAUUGUACAUUUACGAGUGUUUUGCAGCAAUCAAAUUUAAUUUUCCCCAUUAUCAAUACUUAGCUGAUUGUUAGGAAAAAGAGAAAAAAUGGUAUCUACACGCCAAUCAAGUAAUAUGGGAGGAAGCAGUGCUGGUGGUUCGGUUUGCGAUACAGUUGGCGAUGUCCAACCUCGCAAACAACCGACGAAUAUACAACCAAGCACAUCUACUGGUCUACAAGUUGUAGAAUCUCCAGUUCAGUGUCAAAUAAAUCUUCUACAAUUGCCUGAAGAAAUUCAGGAUAAAAUUUUUAGUUAUUUGAGCUUCAACACAAUCGCUGGUUUACGACCCGUCUGUCAUCAAAUGGAUCGAAAAUGUGGCUCAUUACUUAAUAAAACGUUUCAACGACUCCAAGCGCAGAUGCUUAGUCGUUUUCAAGCUAUCAAAGCACAGAUGCCUCGACGGGAAUCAGCAAGACGAAAUCAUCCCUUGGCUUGCGAGUCAGAUAUUAUAGAAACCCUGCACAUGCGACUUACGUUAUUGCAAAUGAGUUUCGGUAAACAUAUCGAACGAAAACACUGCUGCUUCUUUCCUGGAGAAAUUCUGGACGAAGUGUAUCGCAUUCUUCACUACAUAAAAGUAACUCCAAAACUCGCCAGGCCUUACAAGGUGACCGACGAAUUGUUUGAUUUGAGUACCAUGGCUAUGGAAUACUUCAAAGAGCGCAUUGAACCAACUCUUCCAGAGAUUCCUUAUUUUGGAGCUGACUUUUUGGAUUUUGCAGGAACAUUAUCUUCCUCUAAUACUGUAAAACAGCCUUUCUUGUGCCUGGAUGCACCGUUGAGUGUAGGAGGAAAAUCAGGAAGUGGAGAAGAGGGAUCACCAGUUCAUUCAUCGGAUGAGCCUGGUAUAUUGGAGUCGAAUGUCGCUCCACCACAGUCGAAUAUGGUUCUACGAAAACGAAUUCGUAAAAUCAAGCAGGGAAUGAAGAGGUACAACAGUCAAUUGACAUUGAUGCGUCGAGAUUUACGAAAUUGUAAGACGAAAAUUGCCGAGCAACAAAAGCAAAUUGUCGAGUACGCAACACGUCUUGAUGAAAAUGAUAAGAAAAAUGAAGAAACAUCGAGAAAAUUUAGUACACUCUUACAGGUAUUUACCAAGGAAUUAAAUAAAUGCAAAACAGAACUACAGUACUGGCGAUCAAGAUCGCCAGCGAUUCCAGUUUGCGGAGGAUGUGGACAAUCAAUCCCUCUGCCCAUUGAUGAUCUACAAACGCUCGCCAAUCAAGGCGUUCUACCAGAAGGAGCAUUCGGUGAGGGUUUCGAUUUUAUACCAAUUCCAGAAGGUGAUAGUCCAAUUGAAACAGUUUCACCAUCAACAAAUGCAACUCAAGUAAGCACUGCUCCAAUAGAAAUGGCACCACCAAAAGCGCCCAUAUCAGUUAUAUCGAAAAGAAAAGCGUCUUCAGAUGAGUCGUUGAAUGAUGCUUGCAAAAAGCCACGUCGCACUGCCAAAUCUCGUCAGACUAAGCGUUCAAAGAUUUAAACUAAUUCUGAAUAUGGUACAAAAAAAAUGCUUUGUACAUCAAAUCCUUUAAAGGGUCUUUAAUUUUUUGUUUUCUUGUGCAAAAAAAAAAAAAAAAACGCUGGAAGUUUCACGUGGUCAAUGAAUAGGCGAUCAUCAAAAAAAGUACAAAAUUUGUUUUCCUCUCGUCCUGCAUUUUUCGCAACGAAGUUUCACAAUGUGAAACAAACUUUAGGCUUUUAUAGAUAAAUAUAUAAUUGAAAUCCAAGUGAUUUCUUUUUCUCAAAGAAGGUUUGUGUGAUGAAAAUAUUGAAACAAUGUUAUUGCAGUUCAAGGAACAUUUCUUUUCUUGUAUUCGAAAGAAUAUUUUCUUAAGGAAAAAGAAGAAUGAAAAUAUCAAAUUUUCUUUUCAUUGAGAACACGAUCUCAAGUUUAUGAACUUAAAAAGUAGUUUGUUCAAAUUAAUCCGUUUCGAUAGAAUCUAUAAAGUACUUUCAAAACUGCAAGUUUGGUUUCUAAAGCAGUUUUCGGAUUUAUGUAUAGUUUAAAAUGUUACAAAUCUCUGUCUCAUUAAAUAACAAAAAGAACGUUUGUUUAGAAAUUUAAGGGGGUUGAAAAUUUAUAUUUGGAUUAAUUAUUAAUUUUGUGUUUCUUUUUUAAAUUAAGUGAAUAUUUAGUUCUGUCUUUCUUAACAUUUCAAGGGCAAAAAAGAUUGAUAUAAAUCUGUUCCUUUAGUGCAGAGAAAAAAAAAAUAAUGACAUUUGUAUUUUCUCGGAAAUUUCGAUCGCCAUUUAUAAAGUACACGAAACAUUUUUUAGUUAAUACUCGAAUGGUAGCGAAAUUGAUUCUAGGUACUUUAUUCGUACUAAUUAAUUAAUAAUCAUAUCAAUUUUUCAGUUACCUACUGAUUACUUUUCUUUCUCUAUUAGGAAAAUUUCUUCAACACGCGUCUCUGGUUAGUAGCGAAUAAAUGUUUAGCAAAUUUUUUUUGUGAAUAUUUUAAUUCACAAAUUUUUAUUUUAAUCUUAUUUUAUUGCAUUUUAGAAUAUCUUUAAUUUAAAUUAA